UUGGAGAAAAGUUUGACAAGUCUGAAGAGAGGGAGAGAGAGAGACUGCAGAUCGAGGGAAGGAGCCAUAUGAUAUUUUCUUAUAUAUUCUUAUAUAGUACAUAUCUCCGGACACAAUGGAAGCCGUCGCCCAGAAAGUGCUGUCUGCGGGAUUCGUGUUUGACUUUGGACCUCUGAAGGAACCGCUGGCCUUCAUCCGGCUGCUCCAAUGGGUGUUCGCCAUCUUUGCCUUUGCUACAACUGGAGGUUACAGCGGCACCACCAGCAUCAACAUCCAGUGCCAAGGGAGUGCCAGUCAAGAGAUACAGGCUGAUUUUAACUACCCAUUCAGGUUGAUGCAGCAUCCAUAUCAUGUUCCCGACUGCAAAAUCAAUCAAACUACCGCUGCCGAGUACUUCCUGACUGGAGACCACACAUCCUCGGCCCAGUUUUACGUCUGCAUUGGCGUGUUGUCCUUUCUCUACGCCACUGCCACACUCGUCCUCUACUUGGGCUACCAGCAUGUAUAUAGAGAAUCCAGUCGUGGUCCCACUGUGGACCUGUUGGUGACUGCCGCCUUGGCCAUCUUGUGGCUGGCUUCAUCCUCUGCUUGGGCUAAAGGCUUGGCUGAUGUGAAGUGGGCCACCAGUCCUGCAAACAUUGUAACUUUUCUCGAUGUGUGCAAGGAUGUAAAGAACAAGUGCACCCCAGGUGCGAUGCCUCACAUGGGCCGACUGAAUGCCUCCGUGAUUUCUGGUUUUCUCAACCUCAUCCUCUGCUGGUUCAUUUACAAGGAAACACCUUUUCACAAAUCAGCCAACCCGCCUGCAGAUGUGCAGGAAGGAGUCAGGCCAUCGUAAGCACGCAGCUUCCUCAUUUCAAAAUGUAAUGAGUCAUUUCGGUACUGUCAAAAUGCUGUAGAUUACACGGUAUACGUAUCCAAAUCUGAUAGCUCCUUUUUCUUUUGCUAAGUAUUCAUUUUAUAUUUAGAGUUUUGUUGUCUCAACACCAUUAGAAAAUGAAUUAGAACUUGAGUUUUUCAAACUAAUACAGGAAAUUGUAGCAUUCAAAUGUUUUUCUUAUCGAGGCUCAGUUUGAGUGUUUAAAAAUACCCCAAGUGACCCUUAUUUAACAUGGUCCUGGAGAGGAGGACUCUGCAUACUUGUUGGUGAUCAAUCAGAAUGAAGCAUCACGUUGUCAACUGCCAACAGCAUUUCUGUACCAUCAGCAUUUUCUUAAAAAAAUAAAACCUCAGGGUUGAGUUUAUGAAAUACAAAAUUGAUAACAAAUAUGAAAUACUUGAAGUGCAUUUAUUAUUAAUAUAAGUCUUCGACUAAAUCACAUUUUAGUACAAACCUAAAACAUACAAUAGGAAUCAAAACAUGUAGUUAUAUCGAAUAAAUGUUGAAUAGUUGUUCUUUGGAACAUUAAUCCUGAUUAUUUCUAAUCGGUUUUGUGUAACGUUGCGCCUUCUCGCCGCACUACGGAAGGCUUAAUUCCGCAGUUAAUACAGUAUUUUCAGACUAACGGCAUGUUUGCUCUUUUAUGAUUUUUUACAUUGAACUAUUCCAUUUAUUACACAGAAUUCUUUUCCGUUUAUAAUGUUUGUGUUAAUACCCCAGAUACGUCUGACAAAGCUAGUGUUCUAUGUACUCUAUAGACUUGUUUUGGUAACAAUUUACUAAAUGUUGUUUUUCUUGCUAUUGCCUAGCAUCUACCCUAUUGUGAGAAUAUGAUGAGCUGUUUACUCUGUUCCUGCCAUUAUUAUGAUUUUCUACUUUGAUAUAGUCUUGCUUUAUCCACAGUUUCAAACUUGAGCCGCAAUUGUGUUUUUAUAACUGUUACAUAGAUGAGACUGGAGUUCCUGUUCAUUUCAGGAAAAAGUUGGCAUGUAAUGCUGUGCAUCAUUAAAAGGCUGAACUGGA